CUCAUCCUUCCAUCCAUCCGCGCUUCCUUUCUUUCUCCUCUCCCGCUGGAUGGUGCGUUAGGAGCGCGUGCAGGAAGGCACCGGGACUCUCCUUUCUUCUUCUUCUUCUCGGAUGGAGACGGGCUGAGCUGAGCAGGGUCCAGGUCCAGGUCCAGGUCCAGGUCCAGUUCCCCGACCGGCGCAGUCCACCUCCAGCAUCCCGCCGGAAGCUCCUCUCUCCGUGGAAAAGCCGCUGCUGAGAGCCGGGGGAAGCAGCAGGAAGGGGAGACGCGAUCCUCCAUCAUCCAAAGGCCUCCUGCGUCUCUUCCAGGGGCGUGUCGCUGGGGAUCGUGUUCGCGCCAUGCUGGUGUAGACCGCUCGGUGCCGGAGGAGUCUUCUGUAGCGCGCCGCGUCUCCAUGCAUUCUUCAAGGCCGGAGCCGGACUCGGCGGGAGCGGAGCGCCGCAGGCCCGCGCCGGCCCAGACGCCCGACGACUGGGACGGGUGGAGGGAUCGAGGGAUCGCCGGGUGGAGGGAGGCGGGGAGGGAAGGGUGGAGGGAGGGCAGGGAGAGCGGCGUGGUGCAGAGCUACAGCUUCGAUUCGUACCAGCUGGAGGAGGAGGAGAUCAGUAAGGAUGCCCCAGAGCGAGGAGUGCUGGCUCUGUCUGAGCCUGACUUUGAGCAGCCGAUCCCCGAUGACCGUUACCAUGGCAUCUACUUUGCAAUGCUGCUGGCUGGAGUGGGUUUCCUGCUGCCAUACAACAGCUUCAUCACCGACGUCGACUACCUGCAUCACAAGUUUCAGGGAACGUCCAUAGUGUUUGACAUGAGUCUGACGUACAUAGUGGUCGCUCUGCUGGCUGUGAUCCUCAACAAUGUGCUGGUGGAGAGGCUCAGCAUGCACACCAGGAUUACUGUGGGAUACAUCUUGGCGUUGGGGCCGCUCAUCUUUGUCAGCGUGUUUGAUGUCUGGUUGGAAAAAUUCACCACCAAGCAGGCUUACGUCAUCAACCUGUUGUCAGUGGGAGUGGUGGCCUUCGGAUGCACAGUGCAGCAGUCCAGUUUCUAUGGUUACAUGGGGAUGCUGCCCAAGAGGUAUACUCAAGGGGUGAUGACUGGGGAAAGCACGGCCGGAGUGAUCAUCUCGCUGUCUCGCAUCUUCACCAAGCUGCUGAUCCCUGAUGAGAAGAAGAACACCCUGAUCUUCUUCCUGAUCUCCAUCAGCAUGGAGAUGCUGUGCUUUCUGCUGCACCUCGUCGUCCGACGCUCGCGGUUCGUCCGCCACUACACCGGCAACGCCCAGGGCAAAGGUCAAGUCAAAUGUCAUGACCCACGGGAUGCCGGAACUGGAUACAGGGUCCAUCACGACGUCACCGCAGAGGAAGUGAUAUUUGGAAACGGAGGAACGGCGCCGUCCUCCACAGAAGAAGGCCAUGAGGAUUUUGUGGGCGGGACUUACGUGAGAUUCGACGCCCCGAAAGCCAAGAUCAGGAAGAGCUGGCCCGGCGUACGAGACAUGAUUCUGCAUCGUUACGUGGUGUCGCGUGUGAUCUGGGCCUACAUGCUGUCCAUCGCCGUGACCUACAGCAUCACCCUGUGCCUGUUCCCCGGCCUGGAGUCAGAGAUCAGGAACAAAGCCUUAGGGGAAUGGCUGCCCAUCCUCAUCAUGGCCACAUUCAACAUGUCCGACUUUGUCGGGAAGAUCCUGGCGGCGCUGCCGUACGAUUGGUCCGGGGGCCGCCUGCUCUUCUUCUCCUGUCUGAGGGUGGUCUUCAUCCCUCUGUUUGUGAUGUGUGUGUACCCGGUGAGCGCGCCCAUGCUGUCCCACCCGGCCUGGCCGUGUCUCUUCUCCCUCCUCAUGGGAGUCACCAACGGCUACUUUGGGUCCGUGCCGAUGAUCCAGGCGGCUGGGAAAGUACCGCCUGAGCAGAGGGAGCUGGCAGGAAACACAAUGACAGUUUCCUACAUGACGGGUCUAAUGGUGGGUUCCUCUGUGGCAUACGCAACGUACAGCUUCACCCCGACGGCGGCAGGAGCACGCCUCCCCACACACGCACCUUUCAACGCGACAGGGUACUGAAUGUCCACAUAGACCAAAACACACACACACA